AUGAGCAAAAAACGAGAUCGAUGGGAUUCUUCUUCCAGUUCGGAAGAAGAAAAGGAAGAAGCGACACCAAAACCUCUCGCUGCCAGUAAAAAUAAUUCUGCUACCAAAGCUACCACCACCACCACCAGCAGCAACAAGUUUCCAUUGCACAAUCCACUCUUGCAAGGCUGUCGCAGCGUCUAUGAUACUUACGAUCGGAUCGACAAGGUGUCGGAAGGAUCCUACGGGAUUGUCUGGAAGGCGCGUGAUUUGGCCACCCAAGAAAUUGUCGCACUGAAACAAAUCAAGUUUGAACAGCCCGAAUUGAUGGAACAGCAGGGAUUUCCCUUGACGGCGUUGAGGGAAAUAUCGACGCUACUCCAACUCCAGCACGAAUCCAUUGUGGGCGUCAAGGAAAUGGUGGUGGGGAGUGGCGAUGACAAAGUAUUCAUGGUGAUGGAAUUUAUGGAAAAGGACUUGCAACAAGCCAUCAAAGAUACACGGCAGUAUCCCAAUGUCUUGCGACAAGCAGAGUUAAAGGGCAUUAUGAAACAAAUACUAGAGGGAGUCGCCUACAUGCACGAACACUGGAUGUUGCAUCGUGACUUGAAGACGAGCAACAUUUUGGUCCAUUCCACCGGACGGGUCGCCUUGUGCGAUUUGGGAUUGGCGAGGCGGUAUGAAGUACCGGCACAACCAUUGACGUUGUUAGUAGUCACCUUGUGGUAUCGGGCACCCGAAUUGCUCAUGGGCGAAACCAAAUAUGGACCACCCAUUGAUGUUUGGAGUUUGGGAUGCAUCUUUGGAGAAUUGAUAUUGGCAGGAGAAGCCUUGAUGCAAGGACAGGGGGAAUUGGAUCAAUUGGACAAGCUAUUUCAAAUGGUGGGACUGCCCACAGAAGAGUCCUGGCCGGACUAUGAUCAAUUGCCCCAUGCCAGCAUGUUUCGAUGGAAAAAGCAGACUUCGAAAGAUAACGACAAUCGAUCAGCACCAUUGUUGGCCAAAAAGUUUCCAAUCAAUGCCCCACCACAUUUCAAACAAUCCUUCUUGGAUGGAAAUGGAUACGAUUUGCUAUCCAAAUUAUUGGCGCUAGAUCCCAAACAGCGGAUUACAGCCAAGGAGGCAUUGGCGCAUCCAUACUUUCAUACCGGGGUGCCAUCUGAAUUGCCUGUUUUGUUUUGA